AUGGACGAGAACCAGCAGGAAAAGACGGCCGUCGUCGUCCGUGACGGCGCGCCGGCCGAGGACGGGGACAAUGCCGCUGCCGCCGCCGUCCCCGUCGCCGAGGUGGCCGAGCUCCCGCCCGCCAGCAAGAAGCAAUCCCUCUCGGACAUUUUCACCAUCAUCUGCGCCGGCUUCGCCCUCAUCUCCGACGGCUACCAAAACAACCUCAUGACCAUGACCAACGUGCUCUUCAAAAAGGCCUUCUCCGCCGAGUACACGUCCGCCGUCAGCACGCGCGUGUCCAACGCCCUGCUCGUCGGCGAGAUCCUCGGGCAGGUCGUCGUCGGCCUGACGUGCGACUACAUGGGCCGCAAGACGGCCAUUGUCAUGACCACGCUGCUCAUCGUCGUGGGCGGCAUCCUGGCCACGGCGUCCCACGGCGCCACCGUCGACGGCAUGUUUUGGAUGCUGACUGUGUCGCGCGGCGUUGUUGGGUUUGGGGCCGGCGGCGAGUACCCCGCGGCCAGCGCCUCCUCCUCCGAGGCCGCCAACGAGCACACCCCCAAGCACCGCGGCCCCAUCUUCAUCCUCGUCACCAACCUGCCCCUCUCCUUCGGCGGGCCCCUCGCCGUCAUCGUCUUCCUCAUCGUGCUCUCCGCCGCCGGCGGCGACGACGCGGCCAACCUCUCGCUCGUGUGGCGCGUCUGCAUGGGCUUCGGCGUCAUCCUCCCCCUGACCGUCUUCUACUUCCGCCUGCGCAUGCUCAACUCCAAGCUCUACCGCCGCGGCGCCAUCAAGCGGCACGUCCCCUACCGCCUCGUCCUGCGCUACUACUGGCGCUCCCUCGUCGGCACCUGCGGCGCCUGGUUCCUCUACGACUUCGUCGUCUUCCCCAACGGCGUCUUCUCCGGCGCCAUCAUCUCCAGCGUCGUGCCCUCCACGGGGGACCACGGCCUGCGCACCACGGCCGAGUGGCAGCUGCUGCUCGGCGCCCUCGCUCUGCCGGGAAUCUUCCUCGGCGUGUACCUGUGCGACCGCCUCGGCCGCAAGAACAUCAUGAUGCUCGGCUUCUGCGGGUACCUCGUCUUCGGGCUCAUCAUCGGCCUCUCGUACGACCGCAUCACCAACAUCACCCCGCUCUUCAUCAUCUUCUACGGCCUCAUGCAGAGCAGCGGCAACUUUGGCCCCGGCAACAUGCUCGGCCUCCUCUCCUCCGAGAGCUACGCCACCAGCGUCCGCGGCACCUGCUACGGCUUCAGCGCCGCCAUCGGCAAGACGGGCGCCGCCCUCGGCACCCAGGCCUUCAAGCCCAUCCAGGAAAACCUCGGCAAGCGCUGGACCUUCAUCAUCGCCGCCAUCUGCGGCAUCGUCGGCGUCCUAGUGACGUGGUUCUUCGUGCCCAACGUCACGGGCGAGGAUCUGGCCGUCCAGGACGAAAAGUUUCGCGUCUACCUCGUCGACAACGGCUGGAACGGCGAGAUGGGGGAGGAUGACCUCCAGGGGUUGGCCGAGAAUGUGCAAGCAGAGCAGCUGCCUCAGGAGGGCAAGACGGCAAAGGCCGCUAUCUAA